GGCUCAAGUUCAGACAAGAGCCAGCGUGGCUCCAGAGCAUUGUUUCAAGCCUGGUGAGCGCAAUGACAAAGGCAGUUUACUACAAGCUUUGGGCUUCGACAGCAAAUUGGACACAGCGAAGCAACUACGGUUGGUACCAGGUGUGGUCCCGCUUUGCCCCAUGGACUUUCUAUGUGGCCGCGCCAACUGCUGCCUGGUACAGCUUCGGCUGGUGGAGUGAUGAGUGGAAGAAGAUCUUGACGCUCGGAAUUUACGAGCCUCCCUCCAUCCACUGGGACUACUGCAUGACAGGUCUGCGAUCCGACUUUGUCAAGUACCAUGCGCAGUAUCCGGGAAUUCCAUACAAGUGAGUGCAGUGGCGGUGUACGCUACUCUGAGCACAGGUGGCUUCAUUGUGAAAUCUUGGUUGACGUUGAGCUGUGACAAGCCAGACAGAAACAAAUGGUGGCCGAUUUGGAUGUGGAGCACUGCUUUCGUAUUCAUCACCAUGCAAAUCGGAUGUCC